AACACGUGCACCGUGUAUUCCAGUUGAGAAAAUAAUAAUGAAUCCUGAUAAAUGGUCAUCUUCCCAUCAGACAUGGCUUGGAAUGAUAUGCCAACUACGUCAACUCAGAGUUUUGAAGCCGCCCGUACAGAGAUCCAAACUCCACACGCAAUUUUGAGCAAAACAAAAUUUGUAGUCAAGAAGGGGUAAAAAUUAUGAAAGAAAUUGAGUUAUCUGUAGCCGUAAAUCCUGAACAAUGAAUUUGGGUGGUCUACGCGGCAGAAAUAGUCAGCUGGAUUCAACCCCUGACUCGUUCCUCUUUUUGAAAUCGACGCGGAGGGUUUUGAAUUCCUGACUUUUUAUUUUUCUGGAAUAAAACACGGAAUAUUUAAUUGCUUUCAUUUGGACAGGAAAAUUUGCAAGACAGGUUAGCAUUCCAAUCUGGCUUGCUUUCGUUAUUGAUAAACUCCCUUGUAAAAGCAUAGUAGCUCCAAGGAUAUCUUUUGAUUUAUCUUAGGUGAGGGUAUUUUUACCCAGGACUUAGUAACCCUUCUCCAAUUAUGCCGUAUUUCUUUGAAUAUAAAGCAUUAGCAUGUCCUGUGGGAAUUUGAACGGUAUUAAAACCUCGUUGAUUAUAUAUGGCUAGUUACCGGAAGGCUGUGAAGUUCUAAGCACAUUCUUGUGAUGAGAGAACGAAAAUCUGCAUAUUGGAUUGCAUUUCCUGGAAAAUUUUAGCCAAAAACCUCCUCUCUGCAAAAAAAUUACUUUCUCCCAUUUUGCCAAAUCGGCCCUCUAAUACAAACUGUAUAGAACUGAAUAUCUGAAAUACAUGAAUCUGUUGGAGUGUCUGAUUUGCUGGGGUUCAACAGUUUAUGCAGGAGUGAUUUAGGUUUUUUUUGUUUAUCUGAGAAAAAUUGAGUGGUUCCAGGGUUCAUGAGAGCCCUGGAAAAUGUGCGCGGAUCCUUUAUUGGCCGGAAUUAUGCAGAGAAUAUGGAAAUCAAUCGAGGAUACUAAGAGGGUCGUCAACGACAUUGUUGUAGGGAAGUCCAAUUUUCUAAUGCUGGCAUUUUAUCUAAUCCAGCUGGGGGAAUUGCUGAAGGGUUUAUCAGAAGAAGAGGAAUUUGUCAUCGCCGACUCUUCCCAGGCAUUGUUACAGGGCACGGCAGAUGUUUUAGAGGGAAUAUUUGCCUUUACAAAUCAUUGCAGGAACAGAAGUCGCAUCUUUCUUCUGUACAAGUGCGAUGAAGUUGUCAAGGAAAUUACAGAACACGUCCAGAAAGUUGUAGAAUGUUUGGCUCUGAUACUGCAGGAAAAUGAUAAAAUUUCUCUUUCUAUGAAAGAUGAAAUAAUCACGAUGCAAAGUAAGUUGAGUUCAGCACUCUUCUUUGCAGAGCCAGAGCAUCAGAAAAUAGCCAAGGAGAUAUCCGACUCUCUCGCAGGAAAUCAAUCUGAGGAGAUUGACGCAACAGGUUUACUGCGUCGAAUUGCACAAGUCUUGAAUGUACAGCCGUUUGAGGCUUCAGAAUUAAAGCAGGAAUUGGAGAGAGAUCUUGAGGCAACUAGAACAGAUGGACGCCUUUAUGCAUUACUAGAAUCUGCUGCUGUUCUUGAUGCUGUUAGAAAAUUGGCAGCUGAAGAUUCUUCUGCUGGCCCUGCUGACGAUAUUGCUAUUCCCAGCUCUUUUUACUGCCCUAUUACUGGCCAGAUCAUGGAAGACCCUGUGAUGCUUGUAGAAGCAGGUUACACUUAUGAGAGAUAUGCAAUAACAGAAUGGUUCGAGAGAGGCCAUAAAACUUGCCCAGACACUGGAAAAGCAUUAGAGAGUCUUGAACUUGUUCCGAAUUUACAGCUGAAACAAAACAUGGAGGAAGUAUUUAAUAUGAAACGCCAGAAGACAAUGCUACAUGCUAUUAACCAAAUCAGAGCACAAGAGAGUCCUCAAGAGAUAGAGGAGGCUGUCGAUACUUUGAAGCAAUUGAUGGAUGUCCAUCCCAAAUAUAAACGCCUGAUUGUAACUCUAGAUGGUAUUAGGCCUUUGGUUGACUAUCUCAAACCCGCUGAACAGAAUUUGAAGGAAAGGCUAUUCAGGAUUCUUUACUUAAUCGCUGCUUUGGGAGAUGAGUAUAAGAGUUCUAUCAUAGAGGCAGGAGCGGUACCAAUCUCCUUACGUUUACUACAGCGGAGUCCAGCAGAAUGUGGUGGACCAGUGCAGUUGCUCUGGGAAUUAUCUAAAAUUGAACGUGGGAGAGUUGCAAUUCUUGCAUACAAGGCAUCUGUUGUUGUGGUUGCUAGUGCUUAUAAUUUGUGCACACAUGAUCAGAAGGUACAAGCUGAGCAACUUCUACACACCCUCUGCGAGUAUGACAAGGCAGCUACUGUGCAAGCAGCUUCUUCUGGAAUUUUUUGGCCAUUGGUCACCAAGCUAACUUCUGGCAAUGAAACUGUGCAGCUGGAAAUGUCAGAGGUUAUCUGCACUAUUGAUCUCAAUGAGGCUGGUAGCAGUUCUCUUGUAGAUGCCGGUGCUGUUCCUCCCUUGUUAUUGCUUUUGCAGAAUGGUUCUGAGGCAUGUAAACUUGAAGCUGCUAAAGCACUUAGGCGUCUAUCUAACUCAGAAUCUAACAAAGUUGCCAUUGCAAGAUGCGGGACAAUUCCUGUUUUGGUCAAAGCACUUUCAUAUCCAAUACCAAACCUUGGUGUUGAGAUAAUGGCCACUCUUGCAAACCUAGCAACUGAUAGGCAAAGUGCUGCUGAAAUUGAUCAGGAAGGUGCUGUUGCACGGCUAUUUGAGAUGUUAGAAGCUAAGGACAUUGGUAUCCAUGAAUAUGCCCUGAAAACACUGCAGUGGAUGGCAAAGGAUAGUCAAACAGUUCGUCAGUCUGUAGCUGAAUUAAAUAUCAUUCCAAAAAUAUAUUAUCUUCUUCAAAAUGAGGAAUUCUCUUCUUCUUGCAGAACGAGCAUGCUAAAUCUCCUUUGCUUUCUUGCUGAGGAUCGUGCCACUCGCCAGGCAGUAACUUCACACAACAGGAUUAAAUAUUUUAUUGAUCUUCUUAAAGAUCCCGUGUCUUCAGAUGAGACAGAAGCUAUUUUAGGGAUUCUGGCUGCACUGGCAAAAGUUGAUGGAGCUAAAGAACUUAUGGUUUUAGAUGGUCAUCUGAUGGAGGUUUCAAUGCAGUGUUUGAGAUCAGCCAACCCAAAAAUGAAAGAGCAUGUUACUGUAUUACUAUCAAAACUAACUAAUCAGACCUUUACAGACAAAAGUAUCCUCUUAAAUUUGGCAAGAUCAGGAAUAAUUUCUCUUUUGAUUGAUGUAGUUCAAACUGGCUCUGAGCGGGCAAAACAGCAUGCAGCAGUUACACUUGGACACUUAUCUCAGCAAACACCUAGUUUGACUGAAAGGCUUUCAUUUUUCAAGAACCUUCUGGCCAGGUUUGGUUUUUUAAAAUAUAAGACCUGCAAUGUGCAUGCAGGGAAAUGCAAUCCAAAACGAUCUCUUUGCCUGGUAGAAUCUCAAGCUGCCAUUCAUCUUAUCAAUUUGCUUAGAGAUGGUGGACAACGGAGCGCAGUGAGUGCCAUUGAUGCUUUAUUCACUUUGAUUAAGAGUAAUGAAGAUAGAGAGAAAGGAGCGGAUUAUCUGGUUAAAAAUGAUAUACUUAAUCUAGCUGUUCAAGUGGUGGGAAAGAAUGAUAAAUCAACUGAAAAAGCAGCUAUGCUGUUGGAAAGAAUCUACCGAUGUAGGAAAUUUAGAGAUGCAAGGUAUGCAGAUAUUGGCAAGUCUGCACUGUAUACAACCAUGACAACAGGAAAUGCUCAAGCUCGUAAACAUGCAGCCAAUGCACUCAUGCACCUUAGAAUGAUGGCAAAAAACUCAACAUAUACUCAGACGAGUACUACCUGAGCAUGUUAAAAGGCCUCAUAAGGUUUUCCAUCACAUAUGAUUUAUGCCUGUGUAAUUCUAUGUCACCUAUCUUUCAAAGCUUGUUGAUCUACAAUAUUUGCUGAUCCGCUCAUGCAAAUUUUAUCAUCAGUGGAAGUUUAUCACCAGGCCCAUUUCUAGCAUAUUCUUUAGUGAGCCCUUCGAAGUCAAUGAGCUUCAAGUUUUUAUGAGCUAGUUUUUAUCUCUAGCACAACGAAACAGACAAGAAGUCUGCUUUGAAAGCAUUAGGCUAUGGUUCCUCUUGCUUAGUGCUACAUUGAAGAUAGAAAUUACAGUUAUAUGGGGCACUAAUAACUUCCAACUAUUUUUUCUUUUCUAGCUCUCGGGUCUCUCAGAUCAGUUUCUGAACAGCUUAAUUUUUCUGGUUGAAGUGUACAAUAAAGUUCAUAUUCUUUUGGAGGUUUGGCAAAGAUUCAACAUCACGCAUUGAGGAAGCAGGAUUUCCUUGUUGAGAAAUUCUGUCAUUUCUGAGAUAGAGUCAUCUACACUAUGACAGGAUAAAUCUGAUGCUCAACCUAGUUGCGAAUUUUCAGUUUGAAUGUAUUUGAUUCACUUAAGAUGUGCUUUAUUCUUUUCAGAUAGUCAUGCGGUCAGGAUGUAUUUUGUAAAAACAAUUUUGAUGCAGUGGUUGGUGACUUUAACAUUAUAGUCUGUUAAAACUUGGAAUAUACAUGUUCAGUCUGCUUUUAAGCACUCCACAUGCAAAUGCUUGAGCGCUGAGGCUUACAGGAUUAGCAUGGCUACUAGCAACUAUUUAUCUGCAUUGGAUUUUCUGUAAAUUAUAUGUAAAGUUGUUUGGAUUCUUCGUAAUAUCAUCAUUUGCCUCUAAAUAAAAAUAUUUCUAAUGGCCACUUUUCCAUAUC